AUGUCGGACCCACGCGUCACCGUGACGCUCGUCCCCCUUUUCGAUGAUACCCACCCUCUACGUACCCUCACCAUCACCGACAGUGAUAAGACCGUGGCUAUCGGACGUGCCUCAAAGCGUGAAGCUCGAAAACGGAUCCCCGCAACAGAGAACGCUUGGUUUGAGUCUCGGGUCAUGUCUCGUGACCAUGCCUUCCUUAACAUACCGUCGGACCAAAAUAUCGUCUUCAUCACCGACUGUGGCUCGACUCACGGAACCUUCUUGAAUGAUAGCAAGCUGGUGACAGAUGUGAAUACCCCACUGUACAGUGGAGAUAUCGUCCGAUUUGGUGUCGAUGUCGACCGUGGCCAGGAGGUUUUCGAGGCCAUCGAAGUCCGCUGCAAGGUCGAUUGGCUCAGACCCCAGCCUGUUGCCAUUCCAGAUGAUGAUAUUGCUAUCAAACUGGAUCCAAGUCCGUCAACCAACAGUUUCUCUGUCCCCGAAGACGAAAGUGAUAUGGAGGCUGCCGACAACACGAGUGAUGUCUCUUCCAAAGAGUCCAUUGCUAGAUCUUGGGACAAUCUUGCUGAGCAGCCUGUGGAUACGUCUCUAGUUUCCCCUGUCUCAAGUGUUCAGAGUGACGAACAUCCAAAGGACGAGCCUGGCUCCGCAGGUUCGUCCCCCACUGAGGAGCCUAUCACAAAGGUUAUGCCCGGCCCUACAACACUGGCCUCGGAUCUUCUUAGCCCGCUGUCUGAUAUCAAACCGGUGUCCGACACUCAACAAUCUCUCACCGAACCGGCCUCUACUGAACUUCCAUAUGCUCUACAAACACAUGAAGCAGGUAGUCUCCCUCGAGUCUGUUACCAGAAAGUACCCGAAUUUGACUACAGCAAUUGGACGAUUAUGCGGCCUAUGUUCAUGCGGCUGGCAGACAUGGCUUGGGGUGAAUCCAACACGAUACCCGACGUUGACCAUGACAGGCGCAUUAUCCACGCUACUCGCCGUUGUUCUCUUGCCAAAGAUGCUUACUGGGUAGACGACUCCCCUAGCUUCCGACCUUGCUUUGGGACAGAAGUUUAUUGGGAGCCCGAUGUCGACAAUUCAGACACAUCGUUCCAUCGUAUGCCUGGCAACCUUCUUAGGUACUGGUCAGUCGAUAAGCGAAGAUACUGGAUCAUCCAUGAAAAUCACGCUGGCCAACAGAUGGGCAAUUUGUGCUGGAUCGUCGAAAAGCCACUGGAGAUUCUCAGUGAGGAACUGAAGCACCAGCUUGACACUGAAACCGAGGUUGACGACUGUCACAAAUGCUGGGUCGUGAGAGCCUGGAAGCCUCAAAUGGUCGGCAAUCGAUGGUGCGAUGUGGCUCCUUAUUGGGAUCCGAAUUUCGAUGAAGAUUUGCUCUGCGAUGACGAGUCCGUUGAUUCAGACGAAGAAGCCCAGGGAAAUGAGGGGUACAUGUCUGAAUCAUAUGGUCUAAGUGAUUCAAUCUCGGAGAACUACCACGACUAUCCAUAUGGGAUGUUCGACAGUGAAUCGACCCAUGGAGAUGUAUGUGAAGUGUCGGCAGAAGACUCCGUGGAAGACGACAAAGAGGAGGAUUAUGACGAGGACUUCGAGGAAGAAAAUUAUGAGGUCUCUGAUGUAUCCGAAAACGAAUCUGAGUGUCUCUCUGAGAAUGAGCGUCUUGAACACCCUAUUGCGCAGAAGCCUGAUGCCCAUUCCUUGCUUUCGGAUUAUCUCAAGGGAUUUGGACGCCCCGACCAUACUGAUGCCGUCGAAGUUUCCAAGCAUGUACCUGAAUCCUCAGGUACCCUCGGGCAAUUGUUGCAGCGGGCUCGUGAGGCAGAGUCACUGAACACCGCACACAACGAGAGCAAACCAUUGACGACGCAGACUGCUGCUGGUAUGACAAACCCAGGCGCUCGGUUCCCGACAUGCGCUGUUUCUGGUGAGCUGCCAAGUUCAUGCCAGAACAAAUAUCGACAAAUGCAAGGGAAGAUCGAGAGCACUGCUGGGGUACCGUCAUUCGAAGAACUUGAGAAUUUCUAUCUUGAUGGACCAUUCUCGAGCCGCACCACGAAAGAGCAGAUAAAAUCAUGGGCAAAGUCGAAGCGUUCUUUCGCAGAGAUGGAAUCGUCGUCUGUUGAACCCAGCUUUUUCCAAGAUGCUCAGCGGCUGCCUGUAGAGGCAGCCAGCCAGCCGGAUUCCGACCUUAAUACAAUUGCCGCCGAAGCUAAGGAUGCGAUCAGCUCCGCACUUGCCGAGAAUGACUCCUCAUUUGCUGAGAACGAACGUCCGGCUAAGCGAAUCAAGUCUAAUCACCCAACCUCAAAGUCCUUGGCAAGCCACGCCACCACGGCUGUUGUCAGCGCUUUGCUGGGUGGUCUGGGAACAAUUGCUGUGCUCGCAGCCUUGCCCAAUGAAUACUUCCAGUGA